UUGUUGUAAUCUUGAAGAAAAAAAGAAGAUGACUUGUUGUUUCUCUUGUUUGAAUCCUCGAACCAAGGAUACAAGAGUCGACAUUGAUAACGCUCGAUGCAACUCUCGUUACCAAACCGAUUCAUCAGUUCAUGGAAGUGAUACAACAGGAACAGAGUCGAUUUCGGGUAUUUUAGUUAACGGUAAAGUGAAUAGUCCGAUACCUGGUGGUGGAGCUCGGAGCUUCACGUUCAAGGAGUUAGCUGCAGCCACAAGAAACUUCCGGGAAGUGAAUUUGCUCGGUGAAGGAGGUUUUGGCAGAGUUUAUAAGGGACGUUUAGAUUCAGGACAAGUAGUGGCUAUUAAGCAAUUGAAUCCAGAUGGGCUUCAAGGGAACCGGGAAUUUAUAGUAGAAGUUCUUAUGCUUAGCUUAUUGCAUCAUCCGAAUCUCGUUACAUUGAUUGGUUACUGUACUUCUGGUGAUCAGAGACUUCUUGUCUAUGAAUACAUGCCAAUGGGAAGCUUAGAAGAUCACCUUUUUGAUCUUGAGUCCAAUCAAGAACCAUUAAGCUGGAAUACUCGAAUGAAAAUCGCGGUUGUGUUGCUUGAGCUGAUUACUGGGAGAAAAGCUAUUGAUUUGAGUCAAAAGCAAGGCGAGCAGAAUCUUGUUACUUGGUCACGUCCAUACCUCAAGGAUCAGAAGAAGUUUGGACAUUUAGUGGAUCCGUCUCUUCGAGGAAAAUACCCAAGACGGUGUUUAAACUAUGCGAUUGCGAUAAUCGCAAUGUGUCUUAACGAAGAAGCUCAUUAUCGACCGUUCAUAGGUGACAUAGUUGUGGCACUUGAGUACUUAGCCGCACAGAGCCGAUCUCAUGAAGCUCGAAACGUCUCAUCCCCAUCACCAGAGGUUACAAGAACGCCGCGACGAGACUUGUAAAACACACAAAAACAGUCUUAAGCUUUUGUUAAGAAUUUCAGUUUGAUGUUCUGUAAAAAUGUUUUUUUUUUUGUUUCUUUCUCAGAAAACAAUAUAUAUUUGGUAAAUGUUUUGUUUUUUUAGUUUUGUUUACUUGUUUGUUUCCUGUCUAUGAUGUAUAUGACAAUUAUGGAAACAAUUAAAAGUCUUUUAUAUGU